AGCCAGACCUGAUGUUAUUGCAUUGGCACCACACGUUGCAAGAUCGCUUGUUCCUCCAUCCAUGCUGCAAUUCCUGUGCAAGAAGUAAUCAGAAGAGGCUAGCGUAUUGCUUGUUCAGUGUCUGGCGCGCCCUUGUAUCUUGCAAAAUUGAGCCAGGUUCUGUCUCUUGCAGCUAGAGAGUGAAAAAUGCCUCCAAAGAAGAAGCAAGAAGUCAAGCUCCCUCCUCUUAUUGGUCGAGUUGGGACAUCACUGAAGUGUGGUAUUCUAGGAUUGCCAAAUGUUGGGAAAUCAACAUUUUUCAAUGUUCUAACUAAAAGUCAAGCUUCAGCAGAAAACUUCCCAUUUUGUACCAUCGAACCCAAUGAAAAUAAGGUACCAGUCCCAGAUGAGAGGUUUGACUUUCUGUGUGAGUACCACAAGCCUUUAAGCAAAGUACCAGCGUUCCUCCAUGUGACUGACAUUGCUGGCUUGGUCAAGGGUGCCCAUGAGGGCCAGGGUCUUGGUAACGCCUUCUUAUCCCAUGUCAGUGCCUGUGAUGCACUAUUUCAUCUCUCAAGGGCGUUUGAAGAUGAUGAUGUUACCCAUGUGGAAGGGGAUGUGGAUCCAGUGAGGGAUCUUGCAAUCAUCUUUGAGGAGCUCCGUCUUAAAGAUGAGAGCAUUCUUGAGCAGAGGGUCAAAGACAUGGAGAAGAAGACUGCACGAGGGGUUGACAAGAAACUCAAACCAGAAUUUGAUGCAUUGUUCAAGAUUCAGAAACAUGUGAUCGAGGACAAGAGGCCAAUAAGACACAAGGAAUGGAACGGAAUUGAGAUUGAGGUACUCAACAAGCACAUGCUGUUCACUGCUAAACCAAUGAUCUAUCUGGUCAAUCUAUCAGAGAGGGACUACAUAAGAAAGAAGAAUAAAUGGUUGUUAAAGAUUAAAGAGUGGGUUGAUGUGAAUGACCCAGGUGCCACAAUCAUUCCGUUUAGUGCCGCCUUUGAGAAUAAAGUGUUUGACAUGGAUGAAGCUGAGAAGAAAGCUUUCUUCGAAGAGUCCAAGGUCACAAGUGCUCUGAACAAGAUCAUAACAACAGGCUAUAAAGCACUACAGCUGAUGUACUUCUUCACUGCAGGGCAUGAUGAAGUCAGGGCAUGGACAAUACAGAGAGACACCAAAGCCCCUCAAGCUGCUGGAAAAAUCCACACCGAUUUUGAGAAAGGUUUUAUCAUGGCUGACGUCAUGAAGUUUAAUGACUUCAAAGAGCUAGGCACUGAAAAUGAUGUCAAAGCUGCUGGGAAGUAUCGACAACAGGGAAGGAAUUACGUCAUGGAGGACGGUGAUAUUGUUCAUUUUAAAUUCAAUGCUGGAGCAGGAUUGAGCGAUAAGAAGAAGUAGAGAAGCCAUAAAGAAAAUAAAUAUUAAGAAAUCACCAUCGCAACAAGAUGUCUGAAGAAGCUGACAAGAUUCAGUAGUUUUUUUAAUCUGCAGAAAGUACUCAGUUUUUUUGUAUCUUUAAUGAAUUUGUUGUGUCGAUUAUCAAGAACUUUGACUGUUUCUUAAGAAAGAAAAACAUUACUCAUACAAAUAUUUUCUUUUCAUUUUCAGCAUCUUCAAUGAAAUAUAUCUUUAAACACAUGAGGAUUUUCUCUGAGCUGAAUCAUGUGCCAUUAUUUGCUUAAAAACAUGAUAUUUGCGGUGUGGCCAAGCAAGCAAAAAUGUGGUGUUUAGUACUUAACCACUGGGAGUCUGGAAGGACUGAUUUAUCUGUUUCAGGAUUUGUUUAUUCUCACUGAUCAGCCAUCUUAGAUGGAAUACAAAUUCACUAAUCAAUUAUAAACAAUAGAGGACGGUAUAACAAGUCUACAAUAUUGUUGAAGCUUUCCAAUACAAUAUUUCUACAUAGAUGUGUAAAGGAGUAAAGAGAUAAUUAAUUUUCAAGGAUGUACCUCCUUAAGGAACUGUUUGGUUGUUUCUAUUCGGGUAGCUCCCGAAAGUUUUAGGAAACGUGUCUGUUUGGACUUGUUAAAACACGCUCCAACUUUGUGGUAAGAAUUAGUGGUUGAGUUUGAGUUAUACAGAGCAUCACAUGCAAUGAAAAUUAUGAACAAUUAUGAGGGUUUGGGGUAUUGUCUGGUUAAUUUAACCAACAAGUUAUUUCAGAUUUUUUCAAAGUUAUCACCUUUUUUUCUUGUGAAGAGCCUCUGACCUGGCCUUGUUUUUUAUCUUACAAAAUGCCAUAAUAUCAGUUAGAGAUGUGCAAUUUCAAAUUGUUUUAGAACUCAUUGUUUUCAACUUAUGCGAAUUUCCUCUUGGAGAAAAUCCAUUUGAAAAUUUGCAUGAGGGUGUUCUCUUUUGUGUUAUGUUCCCAUUGGUUGAAAUUUCUUUUCAAUGCUUUCCUAUAAUCCACUUUGCAAAUUCAGAAAAACAAUUCAGUGUUUAAAAAAAUGAAAACAAUCAAGAUGUGAUUUCAAAAUGGUUUCUGUUAGUAGGUCAGCUCUCGUAAAAACAAUAAUAAAUUCUGACCUGUGGAAUUUAGUUGGCUAUGUCAGACAAGAGAUUUAUUUUUCUUGGGGCGAAUAAAUGAAUGAAAUGACAAA